AUGCCCUGGCAGCCGCUGCCUCUGUCGUAUGCGGUGGCCAUCUACCCCUUUCAACCUUCUUCCUCCCCAGCUGAACUCCCCCUUCAGAUUGGUGAUCAACUUUAUGUCAUUGAACAAGGUGGUAAAGAUGGCUCUUGGUGUCGGGGCUAUCUGGUUGCACCACCCACGUUACUGUCAUCUCUAAACUCCGCUGGACGAACCGCUUCAGAGGCUCGUGUCUUUUCUGGCAUUUUUCCAAAAUGCUGUAUCGAAAUUCGAGAACAACUCGGCUCUGCCCCACCUUUUUUGAGGCAGCCUGAUCAGCCAAAACCUCCAGCACCUGUUCCAAUGUUGAAAAUUGGUGACGAAUCACCAACUUCAUCAGCUGAGCCCCUGGUGGAUGAAAUCUCAAGCUGCCUCCGGGAAUGGUAUAUUCUCCAUCUUCCAGACCUGGUUCUGAGGCGAGAGUAUCACACUUUGGACCAAAUGUCGCAGAUCACGACGCGCCUGGAUUACGCCCGGCGCGAGCUUUUAAACGAUGUUCUGACUACCCAAGAGAGGUUGGGUGUCCGCGAGCAAGCCGUCUGGGAUCUGGUUCGCGGCAACAGAAUGCUGAGCGGCGAGGUCAUUGUGAGGGAUCCCAGGCAACUUGGCAGAUUGUUGACUUCGCAAGACUCGGCCAUCGAAAUGGCAAAGCUACAGUCUAUAAUGAGUGUUCUAGAUGGCACUCCUGCGGAGAAGUCCAAAGCAACCUCAUUACACCAUUGCCUCUUGGAGGUUACGUCAGUCACCGGUUCGGACCUCGAUCAGGCGACCCUUAGCCUGGCUCUCUAUCAGAAAGAUGUUGACGGGAACCUGAACUCGUUCUCGGAGACUUUUAGCUCCGUUGGCUCCGCCAAAAUGAAGACGCUAUUUUCAGAUCUAAGCACCCGAGAUAUAAGCAGUGAUGAGCGCUUAUAUCUCACUAUCAAGGUCGUGGUGCCUGAGGCGCCUCGAAGAGGCAGAAAACACUUACCAGAUCGUCCUCCGUCGAGGAAUGGGACACUUCGGAGCCAAAGGCAGUUGUCUUUGACUCGUCGAAGAUCAAGCCUAAUGUUUGGGAAAAAGAAGAAUGCUGAGAAACCCCAACCCGGCGGCGAUGGCCGAUCGACCCCUCAACGCAAAGAAAGAUCUUCUACUCCCAGCAUCCGAGAAGAGGAAGAAGAGGGUCCAAGCAAGACACCUGCGGCUCCCGUUCCUCGAACAAUUGGCAUUGGAGUGGUGGACGUCGCCAGAGUUAUGAGAAAUGGCCAGCCAAGCGAAGAAACCGUGACCAUCUGGACAACGUCGCAUCGAGAAGAGGAAAAGCUACGAGACGAGGAUCACAUCAUAUCCAAGCUGCUUGACCCCUCAGAGAAAGCACACGUCGUUUCAAACAGAGUGUCCAGCAUCAGCUUGAGACUCACCCCAUACAUCGCUCUAGAGGCAGAUACGCUGAUCAAGAAUAACCCAACCUCUAUGCACUUAGUGUCCAAGACACAAAAGAUGGGUUUUUCCGAGGCGCCUUCGAAAGCCCGGUUGGACAUCUACUUGAGGCUCAAUAAAGCCGUCAUCACUCAGGGAUGUCAUCUGUCUCACCCGGAAGUGGGUUCUGCGCCAAUCAAGGCCCUGGGUUUGCAAAACUUGCAACUGACUAUGGAAGUUCGCGACUCCAACGGUCGGCGCGUCGAGCAUUGCAUAUUCCCUUCUUCCAAUGGGGCAGGCGUUACAGCAUUUCGCACCAACGCUGUUGAGCAUGACAUCUGUUGGGAUCAAACACUCUGUCUUCGAAUACCCACUCAGAAGGUGCCCGACAGCCAUCUAGUUCUAAGCAUCGCUGACGCUCCUGAGUUCCCUUUUGCAUUAGCAUGGAUGCCACUCUGGGAUCGUCAAGCAUUUGUCAGUGAUGGAAAGCACUCUUUGAUCUUGCAUGCGUAUGAUAAAGUCACUUCAAGUAUUGUCCAAGGUCGCGGGGCAUACUUGUCAUUACCAUGGGACAAUGUGACGAAUCGCGCCCUGUAUGAUGGCGUGACAGCACCUAUUGCUUCGUUGGAAGUCGAGACACUUCUCUCGAGCACCGAAUUUUCGCAAGAUCGGACUCUGGUCAGUCUCAUCAAUUGGAAGCACCAAACCUCUGUUCAACUACUGGACAUCCUCCAGAAAUUGACCUUCGUGCCGGAAAUCGAAAUUGUCAAGCAAGUCAAGGAUGUCUUGGAUGCGCUAUUUGGUGUCUUGGUGCAUAAAUCCGGUGAAUCCAAGUUCGAAGAUUUGAUAUUCAACGAUAUCGUAUUCGUCCUUGGUAUUGUUCACGAUCGACGCUAUAAUCUUGGUCCACUGGUUGACCAAUACACUGAGAAUCAUUUUCGCUCUCCGUACGCGGCAUCCUGCUUAAUACGCAGCUUCACACGGUUGCUGCAAAGCGUUUCCGAUCCGCAAAGUGCACGGGACAUGAGAGCACUAUUCAAAGUCGGAAGUCAAUUCAUGAAAAUUGUCAUUUCCUCGUAUCAGCAGAGACGCUUCGGGUCACAAGCCAAAGAAAAUGAUGAGAAGCACUCCACCUUUAAGGAAGACAUGCAGGCAAUCCUCUUUGGUCUUCAGAUGAUGAUGCGAAGCGAAACAGCUGCCUUAGUAGGUAGCAAAACUCUCCUGGUCCAAAAAUUCCAGACCUGGCUUCCGGAAUUGCUGCCAGCGUUUAGCGCAGAAGAGGUGAUGAAAGUGGCAAUCGAUUUUAUCGACUCGUGUGACGACGUGUCAGGCAAACUGGUUCUUUACAGACUCGUUUUGAUUCUGAACUAUACCAAGCUCGAUCAGAUCUGGGUUGAGGAGAAAGAUAAGAAGCUAUUGGUCAAGAGCUGCAUUGGGUGGCUAGAGCCAUAUUGGACACCAAACAAUCUCUCAGACGAUUGGCAUGACCAGGUGAGACUUUGCUGCUCAAUUGUAGCAGAGCUGACUCGAUUUUCCACACACUACCUGCACGAGUUCACACCCAAGCUGAUUUCAGCCUAUGGCACCAUUGCAAAUGAAUCCGGGAGUAAGAGACGAUCCUUAUCCCUGCUUUUCUCGGAGCAGUAUCCCUUUGUUGUCAAAUCGGCGGAGAAUAACGACCAGUACGAUGAGAGUCUACUUGAACUCUCCUCGCUGAUUUCAACCAUUGCGAGGAUGAAGCCACCCACAAGUCCAAAGCUCCAUGGACAAGACUUGUCUGAUUAUAUCUUAUCUAGCCUGACGGUGCUACGCUCCUUGCUGAGAAAUGAUGCUUUCCCGGCCACGUGGCUCACGCUCCAUAUCUACCACCAUUCGUCUGCGCUCACAAUUCUCGAUUACCUAUCUUCCCUGCUCAUCUCUUCUUAUCUUCCCGCGCCUGAAGGUGCCGAGACAUUCGACAUGCAACUCUGGAAGUCCUUCCUUGACACUCUUCUCGCUCUAGUGUCCUCUCCUGCACUUACACUUGAGCUAUUUCCGGAACAAAAACGUCGAGCUGUGUGGAAGAUUUCUGGAGAUGUGCGACAAUCCGGAGCAGAUCUAUUGCGUAAAAGCUGGGAAAGCUUGGGCUGGGAAGCCGAAAAUGACGACCAACGACGAUACAAUGUGCGCAAGCUUGGCGGCUUCCAAGUCCAGUACGUCCCUAGUUUGGUGGGCCCCAUCAUCAGCCUGUGUCUCAGCAUGCAUGAAGGUCUGCGCAAGGUUGCUGUAGAGAUCCUUCAGACCAUGAUUGUCAGCGAAUGGGCGCUCAGUGAAGAUCUGGAGCUUAUUGAGACAGAGAUUAUAGGUGCUCUGAAUUCGUUACUGAAAGCCAAGCCUCUGAGUGGGAACGAAGCGAUGAGCAGGAAGUUAUUCAUCACCGAAUUGUUGGAGUUGUUCCAUACAAUUGCCAACCAACCGGAUGAUGCUCUAUGGACAGCAUUGGAAGAGCUCGUUGGCACCGUUGAGGAACUGGUGGACUUGCUCACCACCACAGAUCCAGAGGAUGAAAUGAGCAGCCCGGUGGGUGGGCAGCACGGCAAUGGAUUAUUAAGCAAUGGGAAUGGGCGUGGAAAGGACACGGAUUCCCAGAAUUCCGAGGCGAAAGAGCUUGACCGAGCGCGUCGAAGCAUUGAUGGACUCAGCCCCAGCUCACAGCAGCAAGGGCGUGAGAGAGAGUAUGGGGUGCAUGCGCUCGAGUGCUAUAAGCAGCUUGCAGAGGAGUACGAAAGAAAUGGUGACUAUAAGCGUCUCGCAAAAACUCACCGAGCCAUUGCGAGAAUCCACGAAGCAAGAGCAACAAAUCGAUUUGCCGGCGCUAAGGACACGAUCAAUGGUCGAGGAAGGCUAGAUGAGUACGCAGAGGACGAUGAGUGA